UAUAUUCAUGCCUCAUUUGAUUUCUCUAUAGACAGAACAAAUCGGGGGAACAAAGAUCAGUUGAAAAGAAAAUGGCUAUGGUUGAGGCUGGUCAACCCUUGGUAUGUGAUAAUGGAACUGGAAUAGUGAAGGCCGGGUUCGGUGGGGAGGAAGGUCCAAGAAGAGUUUUCCCCAACAUGGUUGGACGAAUGUUGGAAAAGAAUGUAUACAAUUGGGAUAAUAUGGAAAAGAUGUGGCACCACACUUUCUACAAUGAGCUUGGUGUUGCUCCGGAGGAGCACCCCAUUCUUCUAACCGAAGCCCCUCUGAAUCCCAAGGCCAACAGGGUGAAGAUGGCUGAGAUCAUGUUGGAGAAAUUCAAUGCUCCCGCCAUGUACGUUGCGAUUCAAGCUGUUCUGUCUCUCUACGCCAAUGCUCGUAUAACAGGUAUUGUGUUGGACUCUGGUGAUGGCGUCACUCAUAGUGUGCCGGUUUAUGAGGGAUUCUCUCUGCCGCAUUCUAUCAUUCGUCUGGACCUGGCUGGGGCUGACGUCACGGACUAUCUCAUGAAGAUCCUCACCCAGAGAGGCUACACUGCAGACCGGGAAAUUGUCCGUGAUAUCAAGGAAAAGCUCUCGUAUGUGGCCCUCAACUACGACAAGGAACUCCACACAGUUGAGCAGAAUUACAAGCUACCUGAUGGCCGAACCAUUAGUAUUGGGGCCGAGAGGUUCCGUUGCCCGGAACUACUCUUCCAACCGUCUUUCAUCGGAAUGAACGUUUCUGGGAUUCAUCACACCGCUUACAAUUCUAUCAUCAAGUGUGAUGUCGACCUCAGGAAGGAUUUGUAUAAUAACAUUGUGCUUAGUGGUGGCACCACUAUGUUCCGAGGCUUCGCUGAUCGCAUAAGCAAGGAGAUGGCUGCAUUGGCUCCUAGCACCACCAAAGUUGAGGUUCUUGCUCCGCCUCACAGAAACUAUAGUGUUUGGAUCGGAGGCUCCAUUCUUGCAUCUUUAAGCACAUUCCAACAGACGUGGAUUUCAAAGGGUGAAUUUGAUGAGUUGGGUGCAUCAAUUGUCUACAGAAAAUGCUUUUAAGUGGUUGCUGUGAAAACUCCUCUUUUUAAUUAUUUGAAUUUUGUAGUAGCGGAGAAUUUUGAGUGCAAUGUAUGAGAAUCAUUGUCUUUUUUUUUUCCUUCAGUAUUUCUUUAAUUUUUGUUUCGAGAGCUUUUCGUCACGAGAGCAAACAUAAGUUAUAGUAUUACAUUUGGUUUCGUUUCUUUCUCU